AUGGCAAGCGAUAUGACGAUGUAUGUUGAUCCAAUGAAUGCAACAUCUACCAAGCUGGAUAAGAAUAAACGUGAUAAACAUCCGAGGGAAAAGUUAUUCGUUCACCAUACGGAAACAAGUGCGAACCAGACUGGCAAAGUAAAAGAAACUUUGUCGACAGAAUUUAUACCAGUGAAAACCUGCACUUAUUGUAAUCAAGCUGGACACCUCAUUAUGGAUUGCUAUGCGUUUAAACGAUUGAAUGUUGAAGAUCGAUGGAAAGCAGUCCGCGAGAAAGGGUUAUGUCGCAUCUGCUUGGUGCCACACAAAUCAUGGCCGUGUCGCUCUAAAAGAGAAUGUGAUUUCGAGAGCUGCCGUCUACGCCACAACUCACUGUUACACUCUACAACUCCAGGGAAUAGUAAACCUGGUUCUUCAAAAUCAUCAGACAAUAUAAGUAACAUCGCGCACCAAAAUCACCAUUUCAUGAAAGUAUGUUCUCUGCUGCGUUAUAUACCGAUUACACUCUACGCAAAUGGUAUAGAGGCGAGACUGUUCGCUUUUCUUGAUGACGGAUCGACGUCGACUAUAAUUGAAGCUGAGGUGGCUGAACAACUUGGAGUGGUAGGACCAGAAGAACCACUUCAUCUCUGCUGGACAGGUGAUGUGAUGAGAGUCGAAGAGAAGUCACAACGCAUCCAGUUGAAUAUUUCCGGAACUUAUAUGAAAAAGCAGUACCCUUUGACUAACGUACGAACGGUGAAGCACCUCAAGCUUCCAAGCCAGACGUUGAAUAUUGACGAAAUAUGUAACACACACCCAUACCUCAAAGAUUUGCCUAUAACAAGCUACUUCGAUGUUAGACCAAAAAUUAUUAUUGGGGUCGAUAACGCGACAUUAAUUAGUACACUGAAGCUAAGGGAAGGAAGUAAGGAAGGUCUCAUAGCCUCUAAAACCCGACUUGGUUGGAGCAUCUACGGUCGACAUUCGGGAUCGGAAGAUUCAGUACACCUUCAUCUACACUCAGUACAAGAAACACGAGUCCCUGACAAUGCAACGUUGCACGAUCUCAUGAGGCAGUUCUUCAACAUAGAAGAGUCCUGUGUCACUACGAAACCUGAAUCAGAAAAAAACAAGCGAGCAACAGAAAUUCUCGAACGAACAACUGUUCGCGUUCCAACUGGCUAUGAAGUCGGUCUACUCUGGAAUCAGGAUGAGUACAAACUACCCAACACGUAUCCGCUUGCGCUUCGUCGUCUGAAGUGCUUGGAAAAGCGAUUAUUGCGAAAUCCCCACUUGUAUGCCAAGGUACGAGAAAUAAUAGAAAACUACGUCGAGAAAGGCUACACUCAUCGUGUAUCGAAAUUGGAAUUGGAGUUAACAGACGAUCGGAAAACCUGGUACUUGCCACUUGGAGUGGUACAAAAUCCCAAAAAACCGAACAAGGUGCGCUUAAUUUGGGAUGCGGCAGCAGUUGUGGAAGGUUUGAGUUUUAAUGACCUUGUGCUGAAAGGUCCAGAUAUGAUGGCUUCGCUCAUCGCCGUUCUAAUGAAGUUUCGCGAGAGAAAUGUAGCGAUCGGUGGAGAUUUGCGUGAAAUGUUUCACCAAAUUAUGAUUCGUGCAGAAGAUAGACAGUUCCUGCGUUUUUUAUGGAGAGAUCACCCGGAAGAUUCGCCGCAAGUGUUUGUAAUGGACGUGGCCAUUUUCGGUGCAUCCUGUUCUCCAUGUAUAGCACAGUUCGUGAAGAACAAAAAUGCGGAGGAGUUUCCACGAGGAGCCAAGGCAGUCAUCGACAACCACUAUGUCGAUGACUAUCUCGACAGUGUGGAUACGGCGGAAGAGGCGGUAGAGUUGAUGAAGCAGGUGAAAUACAUUCACGCUAACGGAGGAUUUGAGAUUCGGCAGUUCAUCUCGAAUUCCCAAGAGGUCUUGCUAAGUCUCGGAGUGCAGCAAGAAAUCGAGAACAAAAGCAUGAAUUUGGAUUCGCAAUCUGAACGAGUCUUGGGAAUGUAUUGGGUUCCCGCGCAGGACAUAUUCACCUUCAUUUCUCCUUCAGAAGUGAAGGUAUCAUCGGCAGAAUCAUCGAUUCUCACCAAAAGACAGGUUUUGAAGAUUAUAAUGAGUGUCUUUGACCCAUUAGGUUUGAUAGCGCAUUUUAUUAUACAUGGAAAAAUCCUAAUGCAACAUAUCUGGCGCGCUGGAACAAACUGGGAUGAACAAAUUCCCGAUCACUUGCAAGACAGCUGGAAUAACUGGCAAGAGUAUCUCAAACGUUUAAAUGAGAUCAAGAUCACUCGAUGUCUGUUAGGUUGCACACGUUCAGAUCAGUCAAGGACGUCGGAACUGCAUGCCUUUGUGGAUGCAAGUCGGCAGGCCUAUGCUUGUGCAAUCUACCUGCGAACCCGCGGGGAAUCCGGUGUUGAAUGCUCUCUCAUCAUUGCGAAAAGUAAAGUAGCACCGUUGAAACCAGUUUCGAUACCCAGGUUGGAGCUUCAGGCUGCACUAAUCGGAGCACGCUUGAUGGAAAACGUGUGUCAGAGUCUGACGCUUCCCUAUUCACGACGGAUAUUCUGGUCAGAUUCCUCCACGGUGCUCUCAUGGCUAAAUUCGGAUGCCUUCCGUUAUCAUCAAUAUGUAGCAUUCCGUGUGGGUGAAAUUCUGUCCACAACAAGAGUUGAUGAGUGGAGAUAUGUUCCCUCAAAGUUAAAUGUCGCGGAUGACGCCACCAAAUGGCAGGCUGGUCCGGACCUUAGCACCGAAAGUCGAUGGUUAAACGGUCCAACUAUUCUUCGCCAUUCAGAAUCACGAUGGCCGUUACAACCAGAACGUCAGGAGACCUUGGAAGAGCAAGUUAAGCAGUUAUUCCUUCAUCAGCAAUUAGUACACGACACGCUUAUAGAAGUAACCCGUUUCUCUAGUUGGAGCCGGCUACAUCGAACAGUUGCAUUCGUGUGCAGAGCAAGGACACUGUUCAUGAAAAAAGGUGGAUCAGAUGAAAUCCGAGGAUGGCUUUCUUCGGAAGAACUUGUUGAAGCCGAAAAUGUAUUAUGGCGGCAAACGCAGCAAGAAAUAUUUCAUCGAGAAUAUCAACUGCUGAAUGUACGGAUGGAUGAAAACGAUCAGGUCAGGCCGUUGGUGGAUAGAACAAGUCCACUAUAUAAACUAUCUCCAUUCAUCGAUCAAUCAGGGGUUAUUCGAAUGGGCAGUCGUAUUGGGGCUGCCCCAUUCUCCCCAUACGAAGCUAAGUACCCCAUAAUUUUACCGAAACAACAUCCGAUAACCUUCCUUCUUACUGACAGCUAUCACCGACGUUUACUUCAUGCCAACAACGAGACGGUUUUCAACGAUAUGAGGCAAAGGUUCUACGUUCCUGCUUUGCGACGACUGGUAAGAAAAGUAGCAUCCGAAUGUCAGUGGUGCAAAAACACCAAAGCAGCUCCUCGAACUCCCCGGAUGGCACCGUUACCAAGAGCACGAUUAAUACCCUUCGUAAAACCGUUCUCCUACGUUGGUAUUGACUACUUCGGGCCGAUGUUAGUCAAAAUCGGAAGAAGCCAAGUCAAACGUUGGGUGGCUAUAUUCACCUGCCUGAACAUUCGAGCGGUCCAUAUGGAAGUCGUCCAUAGUCUAUCGACGCAGUCGUGUAUAAUGGCUUUUCGGCGGUUCGUGGCACGUCGCGGAGCACCUCUCGAAGUGUACAGCGAUAACGGCACCUGUUUUAUCGGGGCAAAUCGCCAAUUGAGGAUGGAGAUAAAAAAGGCAAACGAAACCUGCGCUUCUACAUUCACAAACGCACGCACAAAAUGUAUUUUCAAUCCACCCGCAGCUCCACACAUGGGUGGACUGUGGGAACGGAUGGUGCGAUCCGUAAAAACGGCCAUGAUUGCUAUCGGAAAUGGACAGCGACAUCCGAAUGAAGAAGUCUUUGAAACCGUCGUUCUUGAAGCUGAAUCGGUUAUCAACUCACGUCCUCUAACCUACAUCGCUCUUGAUUCGGCGGAUCAGGAGGCGCUCACGCCCAGUCAUUUUUUGUUGUAUGGAACACAGGGGGUGAACCAACCAGCAGUACAACCAUCAGACUAUCGUUGUGCAUUGAGAGAUAGCUGGAAGUUAGCACAGUGGAUGAUCGACGAAUUCUGGCGCCGUUGGACAAAAGAGUACCUUCCGGUCAUAGCCAGAAGAUCUAAGUGGUUUGAGCCAGUGAAGCCACUCCAGGUAGGGGAUGUUGUAAUCGUGGUAGAUGAAACGACGCGGAACCAAUGGUUGAAAGGAAGGAUCACAGAGGUAUUCGUAGCUCCUGAUGGACAAGUCAGGAAAGCUAGAGUUCUAACGGCGAAGGGAAUCAUCUUGCGACCAGCUGUGAAGAUAGCAGUAUUGGACGUCUUCGGAACUCCCGGACCACACGGGUCGGGGAAUGUUACGACAACCGUCACCACGUCGUCACUGAUCAACGAUGUGCAAUUUCCCGCGCUUCAACAACGCCGUGCAGCUCCAAAUCUGCCCCCUCUUCCACUCAACAAUGUACGAAACCGUGGUGAGCCUGCCGACCUCCCCGCAAGCAACCAAGUGAUCCUUAGCGGCUCUUCAGUGCAGCAUCGGUUCAUGGACGCAGCGUCGCAGCAGAAUCAAUCCCCUCUCCCGGGUCUGUCCUACUCACGUGUAACAUCCGGCACGACCGCCGAGGGCGCACCUUUGAAUGAUAAGGAGAAGCAGAGUACACCGUUCUAA